AUGGUUUCCACGAGCAUCCAAGACCGGACGAACGAGUUCCGCACAAUCCUAGCGCAGGCACAGAAGCGGCAAACCGCCAACAAGGGUGGACCUCAACGACAGUCCCUCCUGAACGAUGCGCAAAAAAAAGAAGCAAAUGGAGCCGCCAAUGGUCCAUCAAGGGGCUCCAGGUCAGAAUUUGCUCGCAAUGCUGCCCAGAUAGGGAGAGGAAUCACCGCCACAAUGGGAAAAUUAGAGAGACUGGCGCAGCUGGCUAAGAGAAAGGCAAUCUUCGAUGAUCGGCCUGUCGAAAUCGCGGAGCUCACAUAUGUUAUCAAGCAAGACCUGGCUGGUCUCAAUGCACAGAUAUCCGCUCUGCAACAGCUCACUCAGUCACAGCACCCGACCGCUUCCCUGCCCAAAUCGGCGGAUCAGGAGGGGCAGCACAACAAAAACGUUGUGCUAAUGUUACAAAACAAGGUCACGGAUGUCGCCGCGAAUUUCAAAGACGUCUUAGAAGUGCGCACCAAAAAUAUCCAGGCCUCGAGGUCGAGGACCGAGAACUUUGUGUCGUCAGUGUCGGCGAGAUCGCAACCCCAUCUGGAUGACUCGAGGUCGCAGUCACCACUCUAUCAGGGUUCAACGAGUCGGCAAAAAUCUCCUCAGGCCUCGUCAAAUGACCUUCUGACCCUUGAACCUUCGAAUACUUCGACCUUGAUGAGAAAUACUCCUCAGUCCGACCACCAACUGUUAUUAAUGGAGGAGGCCCAGCCGACAAAUACAUAUAUUCAGGAGCGCGGGCAAGCCAUCGAAGCCAUUGAAAGGACGAUAAACGAAUUGGGUAGCAUUUUCGGUCAACUUGCAACAAUGGUGUCUGAGCAGGGCGAGAUGUUACAACGAAUAGAUGCAAACACCGAGGAUGUAGUCGACAACGUUCAGGGUGCACAGAGAGAGCUGCUGAAAUAUUGGAACCGGGUACAGGGCAAUAGAUGGUUGGUUGCUAAGAUGUUCGGUGUUCUCAUGAUAUUCUUCCUACUUUGGGUGCUAAUAUCGGGUUGA